AUGUAUCACAUCCUGUUGAAACAUGGAAUGCAGGAAAUCAACUACGAUUCGCCGAGAGGAGGCGUUAGCGUUAUCACCGAAAAGGGCGACAACACCGUCAGCUAUUUGUUGGUCCAAAGGGCGAAGGACUCGGAUUCUGGGAAAUAUACAUGCAACCCUUCCAACGCCAAUCCCAAGACGAUCAUCGUACAUGUCCUGAAUGGGGAAUAUCCUGCUGCGAUGCAACAUGGCGGCCAACUGCGGCUCGAGUACCCCCUCUUCGCUGUUCUCCUGAGCAUCUUGGUGGCAGUGGCAGGACCGUAA